UCAGUUGAAAAAAAAUUAUGCGAGGAUUGAAUGAGUGGAAGGACUGAAGGACCUGAAUCAUGAUCAGUGGUGAUUAGUGAGUGAGAAUUAGCGAGUUGGCGACGAGUUACCGAGUUAGGUUUUGAAAACUCGCUCAUCCAUGGCUCGGAGCUUGUCUCGUUCGCGUUCACCUUCCCACAGAAGAAGAUACUCUCGUUCCCCUGUUUCUCACCGUCAUGCUCACUCUCACUCUCGAAGGGAUCGAACAUCCUCAAGGCGAAGAAGCCGAUCCCCUAGCCACAGGCGCCGCAGAAGCAGAACGCGGUCACCGUCUUCGCCGAGGCGCCGCAGAAGGCACAGAAGCAGAAGUACUUCCUCGCCCUCUCCUCCUCCUCCUAAAUCGCGCAGUCCCAGUGUCGUUGCGAACCAUCACAAGCUCAAAAAAGACGAAGAAGAAAAGAGAAGAUUUUAUAGCCGAUCACAAUUAAGGAGAUGAGAGAAAUGUGCUCCUAAAAUUUCUCCUAAUGUUUGCCAUUAUCAAGACAAGCUAAGUAAACUAAUAAGGUAACAAAUUCUCAGCGUGCAUGUACUUUUUAAAGUUAUCUUGUCAUCUUUCAUCAAUAAUAACAAAAGUGUUAUCUUGUUUAAAUUUAUAGGAUUAUACGUUGUUCAUCCAUAUAUGUAACAUUGUAUUCUCCCCUCAACACACACAUAACAACCUACUACCAUUAAAAUCAUUAUAUAGUGGUAACAAUUACUUCCAUAUCUUUUACAAUCUUUGUGUAUUGUGGCAUCUAUCAAAGAGUCUCGCCUUUACUUAAACAGGUUAUGAAAAGUAAGAGAUAAAAUGACACGGAUAAUUAACAAACGACAAACAUAUAAUUAAUACAUACUUGUGCUCUUGUAAAGUCCAAUGAACUGUUUGUUGCCGUUUAUUGUUGUCACUAGAAGCCACAGGUAAAGGUUCGUGUUGGAUUAUGUUGCUGUUGGCAUGUUGGUUUUGUUCUCCUCUUGCCCUUGACAUUGAUGAUGACAGUAAGGUAAUAUGCAUUGGCACUGCUGCUGCGGGCGCCAUUGCCUCCAUCCUACCAUGAUAAAUUACCAAGAUAUAUUUACAUAACAGAAAAACAAAGUAUCCAUAUAUCUGUAUGAAAAAAAUAAAUAAAUAAAGAAAUAAAAAGGGAAUGAAAAUAUUUAGAGGAGCCACCUGGUAUGUUGAUGAUGAGUCCAAUGAGGCGGUGGAGGUGGUGGUGUUGCAUUGACGAUAGGAAUGAAGAGAGGGCUGUGUUCCAAUGGGGUAGCAGACAAAGGUAUCAUGAUGUUCAUGUUCUCAGGAUAACCGUUUUUGAUGGCAUUAACAAGAAGCGAUCUUGCAGCUGUGCCGGAGUCUUUCCGGGGAGGCGAGCAGCCACGGUUUCCCAGCGACUGUAUAUAGAAUCCUGGAAACAAUUGGCCAUAACCGAUUCAAAGGCUUUGUUCUCCUCCCAAGUCCAGACCUGAGGUUGCUGUUGAGAUUGAAGUGGUUGAUGACCACCCACUGCUGCAAUCAUCUCUAACUGUGGUUGAUAACCCCAAGUGUCAUUGAAAAACUGAUCUGUCAUCUUGCUUAUAUCCGUUUGGGACUUGGAUUGAUGCUGAGACUGAAGCGGAGACUCUAGCCGAGGCAGAGGCAGAGGCAGAGGCUGGGAGCAAGGCUGACGUUGACAUUCUACCUGAGGCAGAGGCAGAGGCAGAGACUGACAGCAAGGCUGAGGCGGAGAUUCUAGCUGAGGCAGAGGCAGAGGCAGAGGCAGAGGCUGGGAGCAAGGCUGAGGUGGACAUUCUAGCUGAGGCAGAGGCAGAGGCAGAGACUGACAGCAAGGCUGAGGCGGAGAUUCUAGCUGAGGUAGUUGAUUAACACCGACUUCAAUAGCACAUUGCUCUUCAAUGGUAGUUGUAUGCGGCUGGAGCUGAGGCUGAGAAUGCUUGUUAGCUUCCGUCUCCUCCCAGUUCUCAUUCGUAUCCAUCAUGAAUAAAGCAUCCAGUUCCUCUUUCAUCUUUUCUGGGUUAUCCUCCAUAUCCAUGUUUGAAAGAGUGUUAUCCCAAGAAUGCUGUUGAUUAUCGUCCAAGUCCAAGGCAAACAGAUCUUCCAUCAUCUCCUUGGUAUCCAUCAUUAAAAGAGCAUUUAACUCCUCUUCAAUUAUUGCUGCGUUAUCUAUUUCCUCUGCAAUCAUUCCUGCGGCGUUCUGUAAGUCUUCCCUUCUUCUUAGUGUCUUGGUUCUUCUUCUUCUUGGUUUCUUGGAGAGUUUCUUUCGUUUGGUUUAAUCCUUUAUAGUUUCUUUGUUCUUCUUCUUCUUGGUUCUUCUUCUUCUUAGUUUCUUGGAGAGUUUCUUUCGUUUGGUUUAAUCCUUAUUAAACACAUUUAUAGAAUCCUCAUUUUAGAUUAGAGUUGUUUAGAUUAAAUUAAAUUAAGGGAACUUCCACAAGAAUUACAUUUAGUUAGAAGAUUUUUUCUCUUCACAUUUAAUAUAAGCUUCACUUUUUAAAUUAAAGUGGUUUAGAUUACAUUAAAUUAUGAAUAAAAUCUAGAAAGAUUUCGUCUUCAAAAUUUUAUUUUAGAAUCUUUUCAUUUUUGUAUAAUGUAAAUUUGGAAACUUUUAACUAAAUAAAGAAAGUAUUCUAAUUGGAUGUGGAGUUUCUUUCCUGGUUUGAUGAAGUGAAGUUAAUAGCAGCAACUCUUCCAACAAGCCAAUGAAGAAGCGUAUGAGUUGAAAGCAAAGAAGGCUUACAGCCAGAGGCAGGGACUUAGGUUGAGGUGAGAAAUGGCUUGAUGAAGCAUUCCGUUCUUGAGUUCUUGAUAGCUAUGAAUUUAAAGAAUGAUAAUAUGGGAUUUGUUGUUUUUGGUAGUUAUUUUUUAGUUCUUGAUCUGAUUAUGAAACAGCUCUUCCGCGACUGCCUGCCUUCUAAUUAAAAAUUGAUUUAAAUUUGUUUUUUAAAAGAUAUAUUUCUAAAUGUAAAAUGAAAAUUUAAAGUCAAGAUUUUAUUAGAGAAAUCACAUUAUUAACUAAUUUUGUUAAGUUUAAAUAAGUAAAAAAAGUGAGAAAAUAAAUAAAUCUUAAAAUAAUUUAAUUUUUAUGCACAUGUUUUUAUAUUCAAUUAGGAUUUGUUACUACAAAAAAAUCACUCAUUCAAUAACUCUUGAAAAGUAUAGCUAAAAAUAAAAAAAAAAACAAAAUAAGCCUUUGUCAAUAUAUAUAA